AUGGUUUUUACCGCCUACUAUCGGCGAUUACGCUCAUUCUACCUCUUCAUCAUUCUCCUUGCUGUCGCAUUACUUAUUCUCAGCAGCCGUGAAAGCACGCGAUCUUUACUUCUCGGCGAAGACCCGAUAUGGCAGAACCUCUUCACCACAGAUGACGACCUGCUCUGGUGGAACGACCGUUUCCCAUGCGAGAGACAUGAACCGAUACGCAUCGCCAUCGUGGAGUCCGCCGGCGUCCACGAUGAGGUGACAGCGGCGCUGGUCUAUGCGUUUGGAGGACAUCCCAACGCAGAGUUGCGGCUGUACUUUGCUCGCCAGCGCUACCAGUCUGAUGUGAUAAUCAACAAUCUGGAACUGCAAACGCCUAUUCUGUCGGUCAACAGCUCCAAUUACUUCAAGAGGGACGUCGCCAAUCUGCCGCCUCCUCACUUUGUUGUCUCGACUACUUGCGAACUGGACCUUGAGAAACCAGAAUCGGUCGUUGCCCCUCUACGCCACCUCCUAUUCAACGAGACCACGCACUUGUUCUGCCUUGUACAUCAUGCCGAUUACUGGAACGAGGGCAAGCAUGUCGACGUUGUCCGAGAAUGGGUCGACCAAGAGCGUGUGGACUUUAUUGGUCUCAGCCAGCACACGGUUGAUUAUCUCCUUCAGAAAUCAGUAACUCAGUGGCCAAACUUGCAGGCAAGUGUUACGGCACGAACAUUUCCUCCAGUCUUCCCGGUCAACCAGACACACAACGAAACUAUUCGUGAAGUUUCGCUUGCCAUGCAGGGCGACUAUGCUCCCGAGCGCCGAGACUACAAACGCAUAUUCGGCAGCCUAGACAAUGUCGUCAAGAAGAUCAACGGAAGUGCUGCGACAACGGGUCAUCAGACUGAGGAAUCGGUCAAACUGCACUUGAUCGGACACGGCCCACACGUUGAGGUGCCCGAGAACAUUCGCGGCAACGUUGCCUUUGACGAGGAUCUCUCGUAUCCCGACUUUUACAGACUUCUGUCGCAGUCAUACGCGGUGAUUCCUGCAUUUGCGUCCGAAACCUAUCUCGACCGCAAAGCUUCGUCUACGGUUCCUGCUUCGCUUAUCGCGGGAGUUCCUUUAGUGGCAAGCGAGAAGCUUCUCGCGUCCUACUCUUAUUUGCCGCGCGAGGCAGUCUGGCUUUCAGAGCCUGAUGAAAGGGAAAUGGAGACAGUCGAGAGGGUGGUAGGUGACAGAGAAACGUUCAUGGAGAAGAAGAAGAAGGUCAAAGAGGCAGCUGAAAACAUAAUGAAGCAAAAUCGGAUGAAUACUUAUGCGAGAUGGUUCUCCGGCUGUUAUAUCAUUGCUUGGGUCUUCAUCAUCUGGCUGCUGUUUUCUUUCACGCUGCCAAUCUUUAUGAGGAGCCGCGGGAAUCUCGGGCUUAAGCAUUUCUCACUUCUCUCUACGUCUCACACACUUUCCGUUCCGGAAACUGAUCCUCGAAGUUGUUACAAGGAUCUAAACUGGCAAAAGGCAGCCAAGUCAGCUUGCUGUCCCUGGUACUUUGCUUCUAGAGCAGCAAGUGAGGUACAUACCUACUCGUGUCGGAGUUGGCGGCAUUUUUCUUCAGAGUUGUCAACUUCCAGUCUUGGCAACUAUUCCAUCUUGACGGCUCUUCGACAAACACGGCUUGGGUGGGACGCGUCAGUGUCGCUAAAACGGACGGUCACGGAACAAGACUUCACGCCGAUUGUUUCGAUUGUCUAG